UUUUGUUUCAUGAACUUCGCGGCUUUUUCAGCUGGAAUAUUUCAUAGCGGCAGUUGGCUGCUCCACCGGGAGGGGGCGGUGACGUAACCGAACAAUUCAAACUGUUCAAGAAGAAGAAGAAGAAGCGGCGCCAUUUUUGCGCUGCGGUGAUUUAGCUGUGAACAUGUCCGGCAUGUCUUCGGUCCAGCAUCUCAGAGAGUUCAUCAGCGAGCGGCUGGCUGCCGCCGCGGAGGAAAUCUUCUCGGUCUUCCAGAGAACCGUCGCCCAGUACGAGGAGGAGCUGGACCGCCAGCGCAGGCUGCUGGACGGCGCCUGGAGACCGGACAGCGGCUUCCAGAGAGCAGACCCGCCGCUGCAGCCGUUUCCGUACAUGGACGAGCAGAACCUCCAGAUCCAGAACCGCAGCCCGGUCCUGGAGGAACCAGAACCUCUACAGGUCAAAGAGGAAGACGAGGAGCUGCGCAUCAGCCCGGAGGAAGAGCAGCCGGUUCUGAAGCAGGAGGCCGACACGCUCUCUGCGGCUUUGGCUUACGAAGGACCCGGAACCGAACCGGAACCGGGCCGGGACCGCUUUCCGCCAGCCGAGAGCCACGACCGGCCCAAACGCUUCGAACCGGCCGGGAAGCCGGAUCAGAACCACAGCAGGGCUGAGCGAUCCAGCUGGACUCAGAAGUGUGACGUUUGCGGCAAAGCGUUCAACAAAGCGUCGGAGCUGCGCGCGCAUUACCGCAUCCACACCGGGGAGAAACCGUUCUGCUGCCCCACCUGUCAGAAAGCCUUCACCUUCAAGUCCAACCUGCGGGUCCACCUGCGCACGCACACCAACGAGGCGCCGUUCUCCUGCCAGACCUGCGGCAAGCUCUUCAAGCACCGCAGCAGCCUGAUGGUGCACUGCCGCAGCCACACCGGGGAGAGACCGUACGCCUGUGCCGCCUGCGGGAAGCGAUUCACAGACAAGUCCUCGCUCAAGCAACACUCGGUCACACACACGGGCCACAGGAUGUACUCGUGUGCGCUGUGUGGGCGGGGCUUCAAUAGGAGCAGCUACCUGCUGCAGCACAUGAAGGUUCACACGCCAGAGAGUUUCUCAACAUGAGUUAGAGUCAGGAGGAACUCAAAACCGCUCCAGGAAUCGUGCUUACUCAGCAAACCUUCCCCAUCUCAUCUCAGUUUAAAUAUCUUCCUACAGGCUUAUUUUCCAAAAUGUUACAUUUAGCUGAUAAGUGUCUAAGUUCACCUUUUGUUCUCCCAGUGUUUUAUAAGCCUGGCGGGUUUCCAGGCUCAACUUGCCUAAUCAUCGUUUAUUUAUUCUAAAUAAGUUUUUAUACACCAGUAAGCUACGUUUAUAGCUGACGAAAUGAUGCGUCCCUCCACCUCUCUGUUGAGCUCAUGUUGUCAUUUCCAAAUCAUGACGUCUACUCAAGAUGCGCCUCAUCAUUUUUGUAACUUUUCACAAUUUUUACCGGCCCUAGCGCCUGUACUGCCAAGCUUAGCAUGUUUUCUGGGGGAAACUCGUCUCCUGUCUCUGUGAGAAUUUAUGAAGAACGAAUCAGAGAGACCGAAUUUUUGGUUUAAAUCAGUUUUUGGUUUCCUUCUCACUUACUUAGCCACUUAUUUUCAAAAAGGGGUUUUUAUUUCAGUCAUCCCUGUGAGUUGUAUGACAGAGUGUUUGGGUGAGGAUAUGAGAAUUUGUGUUUAACUACAAGAAUGUAGUUAUAAUGUCAGCAGAAUAAAGAAAAAUGUCUUAAAAUUA